GGAGCCACACAUGGUCUCCGCCUCAGCGCGUCCUAGCGCCGGGACGCGGAGAUGAAUGGUGAGCCGCGGCUGUGACUUGCUAGUCUCUCUCCACACUUCGUCCGCUACAACUUCCGGCUCAGACAUGGAAAUUCUCUGUGAAGACAACACUUCUCUGAGCUCCAUUCCAAACUCCCUGAUGCAAUUAGGUGGUGACUCGAGGCUCUACCGCAACGACUUCAACUCCAGGGAUGCUAACAGUUCCGAUGCCUCCAACUGGACAAUUGAUGCCGAAAACAGAACCAACCUCUCCUGCGAAGGGUACCCCCCGCCCACAUGCCUCUCCCUGCUUCAUCUCCAGGAAAAAAACUGGUCGGCUUUAUUGACAGCUGUCGUGAUCAUUCUAACCAUCGCCGGAAACAUACUGGUCAUCAUGGCAGUGUCCCUAGAGAAAAAGCUGCAGAAUGCCACCAACUAUUUCCUGAUGUCACUGGCCAUAGCUGAUAUGUUGCUGGGUUUCCUUGUCAUGCCCGUGUCCAUGUUAACCAUCCUGUAUGGGUACCGGUGGCCUUUGCCUAGCAAGCUCUGUGCUGUCUGGAUUUACCUGGACGUGCUCUUCUCUACGGCCUCCAUCAUGCACCUCUGUGCCAUCUCGCUGGACCGCUACGUCGCCAUCCAGAACCCCAUUCACCACAGCCGCUUCAACUCCAGAACCAAAGCCUUCCUGAAAAUCAUUGCUGUGUGGACCAUAUCUGUAGGUAUCUCCAUGCCAAUCCCAGUCUUUGGACUCCAGGAUGACUCGAAGGUCUUUAAGGAGGGGAGCUGCCUGCUCGCCGAUGACAACUUUGUCCUGAUAGGCUCUUUCGUGUCGUUUUUCAUCCCCCUAACCAUCAUGGUGAUCACCUACUUCCUCACGAUCAAGUCACUUCAGAAAGAGGCCACCUUGUGUGUGAGUGACCUCAGCACUCGGGCCAAACUAGCCUCCUUCAGCUUCCUCCCUCAGAGUUCUCUGUCCUCAGAAAAGCUCUUCCAACGGUCGAUCCACAGGGAGACAGGCUCCUACGCAGGCAGGAGGACGAUGCAGUCCAUCAGCAACGAGCAGAAAGCGUGCAAGGUGCUGGGCAUCGUGUUCUUCCUGUUCGUCGUGAUGUGGUGCCCGUUCUUCAUCACCAAUAUCAUGGCCGUCAUCUGUAAAGAGUCCUGCAACGAAGACGUCAUCGGAGCCCUGCUCAAUGUGUUUGUCUGGAUCGGCUACCUCUCCUCAGCUGUCAAUCCACUGGUCUACACACUGUUCAACAAGACGUACAGGUCUGCCUUCUCACGGUACAUCCAGUGUCAGUAUAAGGAGAACAGAAAGCCACUGCAGCUAAUUUUAGUGAACACCAUACCAGCAUUGGCCUACAAGUCUAGUGAACUCCAGGCGGGCCAAAACAAGAACUCACAGGAAGACACCGAGCCGACAGGUAACGACUGCUCUAUGGUUUCGCUGGGAAAGGAGCACUCAGAGGAGACUUGUACAGACAACCUGGAAACUGUGAAUGAAAAAGUUAGCUGUGUGUGAUGGACGGGAGGCUGUGACCAACUGCCGAGGCCGCUUGAACAAGUCUGUACCCGUGUGUGGGGGCAGGGAGAGAGGACACUGGGAUAAAUUGGACUACUCCAGGGAGUCAACAGUGUUUCUGCGCCUCGCUGUGUUCUGUGUGUUCAGAGGAGCGAGUCACAAAGUGUGCACUGGGACAGUGUCCUGACAGCACUUGUAACAGGAGCGUUAGGACACUUUUAACAUUGUCAAUGAGAGCUUUAAAAUCAUUGGCCUUUAUUGUGCAAUUGUAAGGAGGCAUAACAUCAAUCUAAUCGCCUUCUAUUAUCAAAUAGAAACCUUGCUGCCACGUUGUUGAUGGGCGGCAUGGGAGUGAGUUGGCGAUCUAUAAAUUGUUGUAUAUAAAAAUAGCUAGAAAUAAUGAAUUAGCCUCUUUUUUUAAAAAAAAAAAAAAGAAAAAAGAAAGAGUUUCAAAUUCACCCUGACACAUAUUUUGAAAAGAAAAAAAAUAGACAGUAUUAUGAAAUUUGUAUUGCUGAUAUAAUUCAUUGAAAUACUUGACAAUAUUUUUCAUUCUUGCUUUUCCAUGGAUGCCAUUUUGAAGUGUUCACAGGAUUGCCGGCAUUUGCUGCAUCUGUCGUUAAUUCUCAGAUGCGGAGGGUUUUAAAUGUUAUUCCGUAACAGGCUGCUUUCUCUUCCACUUCUUGGGCUUUACCUGAAUUUGCAAUGUGGUCUUGUUUCGCAUAUUUUCUUCUCUGUAAACUAUCAAAGGAUAAUUUCCCUUUUUCAAGUACAGUUCCAGAACUUGCUUCAGAGAAACAGCAUCCUGGAGGUGUACUGGUACCGCACUACCGAACGACUGCGUUGCGCAUGCGCCCUUUGAGCAGUGACCAGUACGACGAGUUGACUGUCAGGGCCGAGCAAUAAACUCAGGUUUCUCGCUGUUAGCAGUAGCUUCUUAGGCUAUUUCUGUAGACUUCAAGUGACUUUCCUAUUGACGUUUAUCAGGUAAAACCGAGGUUUUUAAAGGGCUGGGGAUGGAGCUCCGUUGACCAGCGUGCUUGCCUCACCCGCGGGAAGUCCCGGCUCGGACCCCCAGCACUGCAUCAACAGGGCACCAAGGUGCAUGCCGGUCAUCCUAGUGCUCGGGAGAUGCAGGUGGGAGGACCAGAAAUUCAAAAGAAUUCUCGGCUAUCUAUCAAGUAUGUGGCCAGUGUGGACUGCAUGAGACCCUGUCUCCAAAACGAAAUAGAUAAAUAUAGGCUUUUUAAAAAAAAAAAAAAUGAUACUUUCAGAUUAAUGUGUUUCUAUUAUUUCCUUAGAAGGGGUUAGCUUAGCUUCCUUCCACAGUAAUCUGUUUGACUCUGUCUUAUGAGCGGAGCAGUUUCUUAGGGAUAUAAAAAUAAAUGUGUAAGAUCUUUGCAGUAAAAAAAAAAAAAAAAAGACAACUUAAUUGGUUGUUGUCAAAAAGUAUGAACAGAUUUAUUUUGAGAAUCAAUCGGUUCAAUUCCUUUCUUACCAGAUUCAGAAAAGGCUUUGUAGCAACUCUUGAGAAUUUUUUUUCUCAGUUUUUCUCACUGGUUAUAGACCUAUGCCAGGCAAGCAAGGAAAUGGGAAAAUAUCAGUUGGAUCAAGGACGGUACCUAACACACAGAAAUAAGCACCUCAGACUGGAUCCAAUUCAUGACUACCAAGAUCUAAAGCAAUAUUCUUGUUCCUUCCCACUAAAACUACAUUCCUUUUACUCUGAUAGACACUAGCUCCCAGUUAGAAAGCAAAUAUCGGUUACCACAAUAUUUUGUAGAAAAGGCUAUUACUGACUAACAAAGGUCAGCUAAAGUUAGUCCACCUUGACACUGUGAUAUACAAGAGUGAGUUGCACAUCUCUGUCAGGUCAGACGAUAGACACAGGGUAAAAUGCUGAAACCCUUAUUUUAUUGAAAACAAAGGUGUUUUACUGUAAGCUUUUGGGAAGUGUUACAGGUUUAGAAAUUAAAGAAUGUAGAAAGCUUCAUUAUGUAAGUUGGAAAUUAAGAUUUUAUUUUCCCCUAAGUAUGUCUCUAGGGCCACUUAGAAAGACCGUCAAUUGCUUCAGACCUAAAAUUUAUAACGUGUCACUAGCUCUGAGAUUGUAUUUGAAAGAAGUUAGUCCCUGAGGACCAGGCCAUAUUGACUGGAAAAACGGAAGUGUUAAGAAAUUUGCUCUAAUGUGGUUGCCUUAGUUUAAAACUCUGCACAUGCCAAUAUGUAUUAAGGAAAAAAUUACAGGUUCCAUCCCAUAAACUUAAUCUUCGUCAGAACGAACAUGAAUACUGCCUGAAAGGUGUCUUUUUGAUUACACAUAUAUUACCAGUGUGUACGUGGCUUUUCUCUCUGUAAGUAUCUAUUAAAGUGUAUAUAAGAAAAUAUGUACCUGUAUAUAUGUACAGACAUGUUCCCAUGCACUUUAUUCAAUAUUUAUAUAUUUAUAUGAAGAAGAGCGAGUCGGUGAGAACAGACACAUGUGCAUGUUUGAAUCACGUUGAUCUAAAUGUGAGUUCAUGUUCUAAUAUUCCUACGACCUUCCGUGACUGACAAAGGAGGGUUACUGUGUAACAAGAGAUACACUUUAAAUAAACUGGAAGCUGCUUUAAUUAUAUGGAAAGAUUUUAACACAAUCCUAUCAGGGUGUUGAAAACAAUAGCCUCUAUUCAGUUUAUUAAUCUUUAGUUGAGUGAUAACUUUAAGCUUCUCUUUACUCUGGGUACUUCCGACCCCUAUGGCUUUUAGAUACACUCCUCCCCAGUAGGGAAAAAUAAAUAAAUAACCACCAAGUGAUUUAUGGAUCCGCGAUGGAAGGAUUCAUUUCUAGCCAGUGCUAUUAAAAGAGUAACAGACGUCACUCUUCUUUAAGUUGAAUGAUAGUCUCCUAGACUUAAGGGAUUCAACACCGUAAGUGAGGAAAACUCAGGAAAAGCUUACAUGAUCUAUUUGGCUACACCGCCAUCUCGUGGUCGGUUUUGAAAAAAACGCUACCGUAGUCCAAUCAAAUCGCUCCCCAAGGCUGCUUUUAAGCAAAAGGGUUCUUGUCCUAUUUUGUGCACUGAAGAAACAUAUUUAUAAAGUGUUAAGUUAUUCUGUGCCAUAUGUAACAAAUACA